CGUUCUGGAUUGUCACUAUUGACAAUCUAGAAAAUCUUACAUUAUGGCCACCUGGUGCGGCUCCUCUAGAGCACUUCCAGACCAUCGAAUUGCAUCCAACAGCCGUCUUACAUUUAGCGGCGACAACAUCGGCAACAACAUUACCAAUAUCACGAACACCACCACCACCACCACCGACUUCAAUAAUACUACAUCAGCCGCCGUCGCCGCCGCUAACACAGCUGCCAUCGUCAGCACAAACACAAACACCAUCUCAGACACAGCCACCGAGACUAGCGGCAACGGCGGUGCUGCAAUCUACGACUACUUCACGGCUCUUGGCAAUCCUAACACACGAAACCUGAUACUCAACGGUGCCAUUCCAAGUCAAUACCCUUUGGGCCCUCUACUAAGUCCACCAGCCAACGAUUCGUUCUUUGCCACCGUCGGAGAUAGCUUACCUACGCCUAUUGCUACAACUCCGAAUCCCGCUAGUAUUCCCUUGCUUCAUAUCGGCGGCACAUGUCACGGUGCCUAUCACGGUGCCCCUCUUACUACCGCCUUGGGGCCCCCACUGCUCACGCCGCCGGCUCCUCCAUUACCGCCUUUACUACCACCACCAACGCUCCAUCCUGGGUGCAUUUUCCCUUACGCUGGCGGAUAUCCUUUCUACGGGCAUACACGAAACUAUCUGCCCCAAACACCGCCAGACAUUCAGGGUAACAGCCGGGAGCCUUUCCCCUUUGUGCCUUCCUGGGUGCCUUCCUUCGCCACAACGCCCGCGACAGUACCUCAGUUACAUAUGAGCAACGUCAAUCCUCGACCAGCGGCUUCUAUCCCUCAAGCCCAGUGCUCUCCACGAGCCGUUGCGGCUGCUCAAAGUAUUGAUGAUCCAUAUCUUAAUUCUUUGGCCACCCAGAAUUUUUCGUCACCGUCUUUACCACCUCUGAGUAAUCUCCCUUCGCCGAUCGUGUUAUCUCCCUUUGGCAGAUCUGCUUGGACGACGGCCAGCCGAGACAUGCCACCAUCUUCAACUCGAAGGCGGAUACCGAAUCGAGGAGCAGUUGAUUUAACCAAGCGGGAGCCUGAUUUGGAAACUACAAACUCUGGCGUUGAUCCCUCAAUACCGCUAGCAACGAUGCCACCGGCGACUCGGAGACGCAGCAUCGCCAGUGGCACGGAUUCUGGUGUUCGAAAAAGACGACCCUCUGCUGCUACAUCACCAACAAGUCGGCCUAGUAAGGCAAGACGGAAAGACUCAAUAUGUCGUCGUAAUGACCAGUCAUCUCCAUUCGAUGACGACGAUCUACAAAACUUGGGUGGAGGAGGUGACUUGGAAACAAUCGACCUUUCCAACGCGACUGAGGUUCCCGCCGAGAUUCUGGCGCCAAAAGUAGAUAAUCGGGUGAAAAUCGGCAAUUUUCAAUGUGUCAUCUGUAUGGAUGAUACGACUGCCCUGACCGUCACCCAUUGUGGCCAUCUCUUCUGCUCAGAGUGUUUACAUAGUUCAUUGCAUAUUGACACCAUGAAACGAGCAUGCCCUGUUUGCAGAUCCAAAGUCGAAUUGAAAGGAGCGAAAAAGCCUACCAAGACAUACUAUCACCUUGAAUUGAAAGUGAUGACCAAGACGAAACAGGGUAAGCGGCCUGCUGAUACGUGACGUUGGCCAAUUCAGGUCAAGCAAAAAUGAUUUAUCCAUUGUGUUACCUACGUGGUGAAGACGUGGUGGCGCUGGGAUGAAGGAAAGCCCCCGUGCUGGUUAGACACUGGCAACAGAGUAGACGGCACCCACUACCUUUUAUCAUUAAAGACGCGCUGGAUAUGCCGAACUACGAACUAGGCUGCUUUCACCUCCUCCACGUCUAGAUUUUCGUAUCAGAGAGCAGCUAGGUUAUGAGCUGCCAACUGAACAAGUCGCUUAUAGACGGCCGAGUCUCUCUGGGGUUGGCAUUUGAACUACGUAUGGUUAUGGUAAUAAUAUCUGCAUUGGAAGGAGUUUAAAGUAAAUAUCAUCGGUGGCCAGGGCAGGAAUGAUACCCUUUGUCUGUUCCUUUCGGGCUCCUUUUUCACUAUCGAGGGUUCAUGGGCAACUGAACAGAAGCUAGAUUUCGGCGUUUAAUGGCGGCUCUGUAUUAUAUCAUAUUUACUUUUCUUUCUUCUAUAUGGCAGUAAAUACAGCGCGGUGGUAGGGUA